CCAAGACUUUUGUUGUAGUUGAACCUGAACAGAAUGAGCUAAACGUAGCUUUCCUUCCGCUGUCUGCCUUUUGGUUUUGCCACAUUUACAUGACUUCCCCACAACAGCUUUAAAUUAAAAGGGGCACUUUUUCCUAUUUUAUUAACAUGGAUUCGGGGGAUGAUGCAGUCGUCAAUGAGCCAUUUGAUGAGGAGAGUGAGAGAGAAUACGAUGACUCUGAAACUGGCACAAAGAACUGGCACAAAGAACUAAGGCUGGUCCUAAUUGGAAAGACUGGAUCUGGAAAGAGCGCAUCUGGAAACACCAUCUUGGACCGAAGACAGUUCCUGUCACAGAUCAGUGCCAGCUCAGUCACACAGGCUUGUGAACUAGGAAUUGCUGAGCUUGAGGAGGAAGAGGAUGCUGAGGAAGAUGGCCAGUCUGUCCCUCAGAGGAAGAAGAGACGAGUGAAUGUGGUUGACAUGCCUGGUUUUGGGGACACUCACCAUAGUGUGGAGCAGACCCACACUGAGAUAGCCAAAUGUGUGUCUUUUUCCGCCCCUGGCCCACAUGCUUUCCUCUUGGUGGUGCCAGUAGGACGAUACACAGCCAGUGAGGACCAGGCUAUCUGUGAAUUGAGCCAAAUAUUUGGGGAGGUUGCCAUACGUGACCAUACAGUGGUUCUUUUUACUCGAGGAGAUGACCUGGAAGGUAUAGGGCUUGACAAGUACCUGGAAACUGCUCCUGCUGAGCUUAAGGCUUUGAUUGACAGGUGUAGUGGCAGGUACCAUCUGCUCAACAACAAAGACCCCAGUAACAAAGAGCAGGUAAAAGAGCUGUUGAGGAAAGUGGACGAGAUGGUAAAGCAGAAUCAGGAAGGGUUUUAUACUAACAGCAUGUUUUUAGAGGCAGAGGCAGCCAUCAGGGAAGAGCAGGAAAGAAUAAUGAGGGAGCGAAACCAAAGAAAGAAGGAAGAACAAAGGGAAAACAAAGGCGUGAUGGAAGAGCAGGCUGCAAAACGAAUGAAGUAUGACAUGGUAAUAAACGGUGAAGCUGGAUCACAAGAGCUUGGGAAGAAAGAGUUACAUAAAGCAGAAGAAGAGGAUUUUAGGAUGGAGAGACACAUAAAGGAGAGCAGAAUGAAUGCUGUCAGCCUCCUGAAGGAUACAGCGAAAAGGUGUAAAGCUCAGUAUAGAGGCAAGCAUAGGGGCAGCAGACGACGCCCUCUCAGUUCAGCUUUAAGUGCUUUCAGAUUGGAGGCUGCACUCUCUGCUAAAGUCCUGGAGAGAGUCAAGAUUGUUGUGGCUGCUGGUGCUACGGGGAUGGCCGUGGGGAUGAUGUUUGGGGCCGCUGUGCCGUUAGCGGCUGCAGCCGGGGCAGCCAUGGGAAACACAAUAGGUUUCGCUGCAGGUCAGCUGGCUGGGAUGUCUGUAGCUGGAGGCACAGGUGUCAGUAACGCUGUAGGAGCUAUAGUAACGGCAGCUUCUGGGAAAACCGCCAUGGCUUUUGGGGCUGCGACAGGUGGAAUUGUGGGUGGUUCUGUCGGUGCUGUUGCUGGUACUGAGGCUGCCAGUCCCAGAAAGGGUGCUGUGGAUGCUCUUGGGCAGGUCAGCAUUAUUGGGGCAGCUGCUGUGGGAGUGGCAGCAGGUGUGGGCAUCACCAUGGGGGUUGGUGCUGCUGUAAGCUCAGUUUUGGGUGGAGCUAGUGGCACAGCUGCUGUGACUGGAGGUGGUACUGCAGCUUCAGCAGCAUCAGGUGUAACCAAUGCUUCUGCACUUCAGAGUACUUUAGCCACAGUGACAGGGCAAAAUGUGGUGCCCACUGCUGGAGGUGUUGCUGCUGCUGAAUGUGGGACUGCACAGUGUGCUGCGGUAGCUUUAGGCCAGGAGGUGGCGGCAUCUGCCCCUGUGGCUGCUGAGUCUUUGUGCACAGCAGCAGCAGCGACAUCACGCAUCAUGACUGCAGUGGCUGAGAUCGGUAAGGCUGCUGCAAGCGUUGCUCUGGCAGGUGGUCUGGUAAUAAAGGUGGUAAAGGAGAAGGUGAGAUGUGGGACAGGAACAGAAACCACCUAUUCUGAGAAUUCAUCCUAUGAGAUACACUGGAACAAAUAAGUCAAAAUGUCAUAAAAGUAUGUUGUGUGUUUAAAAUGCACUUAUUUGUCAUUGUGGGAAAAUUUGAUCAUUAUUCUUUUAUAAAUUAUUAUUUUUUGGCUUUCUGAACACGCAGGGGACAUAAACAUUGCAGUGUGUAAUGCAAAAUGUUAGAUAUGAAAUUUUGGAUGUACAAGCAAUAUCUAAAUAUGAUUUCAAAAAGAAAGCAGGAAUUGAAAUGUUGGUUCUGGCAUUUACUGUGCUGUGUGGGAUAAUAGUUUUUCUCUCAAUAAAUGACAUU